AUGGUAUUAAAAAAAAUCAAAGACGAACUUGGUCCCAGUUUAUAUUUUACGGAAAGGCAAACACGGAGGUCAAAAUCCACAGCUAGUCCGUCAAAACUACAGACUGUUGACAAAACUGAUGAUUCAAAGGACAGAUUUGAAUUGGAGUGCAAACAAAUGUUAAGCAUUACACCGCCAUCAAGCGAGCAUCACGAUGUAAUGAAAAGCAAGCGUAGAAGAAUUCAAAUCAAGACCGAGAGCGACUCAAAGGAUCUGGCCGCAACAGUCAAGAUCAAAAAGCAGCGCGUAUCUAGAAUUACCCCCAAAGAAACUUUACCCACGCAGCCUCCACCGCAUUUUUGGCCGAUGUACAACGAGAUUAAGAAAAUGAGAAGCAGAAUUAAAGCACCUGUUGAUGAAAUGGGUUGUGCAAAUGUCGCGACUACAGUUUCUGGUCUAUCGGAGGGAAAAGUUUACAGAUUUCAGUGUUUAGUAUCAUUGAUGCUUUCUUCUCAAACUAAAGAUGAGGUCAACUUUCAGGUGAUGAAAAAAUUACAGGACUACUUCAUCUCUAAAGGCUACAAACAAGGAUUGUCGCUGGAGGCCAUACUGGACAUCGACGAGCUCGUUUUGGAUCAGCUAAUUUAUAAAGUUGGUUUUCAUCGAAGAAAAGCGACAUAUAUUAAACAAACGGCUAACAUUCUUCAUGAAAAAUACAAUGGGGAGAUCCCGCGAACGAUUGAAGAAAUCACUUCAUUUCCUGGUGUCGGUCCAAAGAUGGGAUUCUUGUUGUUGCAAAUAGCCUGGAAUAUCAAUACUGGUAUUGGAGUGGACACACAUAUGCAACGAAUGGCAAAAAUAUUCAAGUGGAUACCUGCAAGCAAAAAUAUGGACCCCGAAUAUGUAAGGCGAUGUUUUGAAAGUAUGCUUGCAGAUCACAGAGAGGAAUGGUCAAGAAUUAAUCCCAUUCUAGUUGGGUUUGGCCAAGUUGUUUGUCUUCCUCAAAGACCACGAUGUGAUGUUUGCACUUUGUCAAGGACAGGUAUUUGCCCUGCAGUCGAUAAAGCUUUGUUGAAAAAGACUGAUACUGACAAAAAAAAUGGUAUUAAAAUCAAUUCGAAAAGCAGAGGCGAUCUUUCCAAUUUGAUCAAAGACAUCGAGGAUUUACAUUAA